UUGCCCCCGUGAUGUUCGUAAACUUAACGGCGCUUGUGCCGUGUGUCGCGGUUUGCUUGAAUGCUUGUUUUGAUGGAAAAGCUGAAUUAUCGUGUUGAGGCGCGUGCGGUUUAUGUCUCGAAAUGUCUGCUGACUGUGCUGCUCAGCUGCAUAAAAAUCACUUGGAGCACUCAGCUGCAGUGCCCAGUUUUCGAACUGUCUACAAGGAACAGUGCAACAACUUUUACGUGUGCAGUCGUCGCACGCUGUUGUCGAAAAUUCCCAAUGAUGCCUCGCUCGAUCUGUGUGUGGACAUAAUACGGGCCGAUGAAUGGAAGCCGCUUUUGCAGGCUAUCCGUUUGGACAAAAGUCUGGAGGCUGUCGCCUUCAAAUCGUCAUUUCUGGGCGACUACCCAGAGCUCAUCGCUGAUGUCGGCCGUCUGCAACUCGUGCAGAAGAUGCAGCAGAGCAUCCAUGUACCUGCACUCUUCACACCAGAGAUGCUAAAGACAUUCUGCUUUGCCCUGUCCGAGCACCUGAAGAACAACACUCGUCUUGGGUCGCUGGGGCUCGUUGGCUUUCCCUUCUCGCUGGUUCACCUACAGGAACUGUCAGCGGGUGUCCGCACAUCAGCGUCCCUUACAACUGUCACUCUUGAUGGCAGCUCACUUGGCAAACAAGGUUUGGAAGUGCUUUGCCAUGCCUUAUGCAAAAAAGAGAGCGUGCGUGUACUCAGCCUGUGCGACUGCCGACUGGGCAGCAGUGAGGCGAGCCUGCUCAACUGGCUCCUGCGCCAACAAAGCCUCGGCCGCCAAGGGGCACUGUGGCAGGGUGUGCUGCGCCAGAGAGCUCUGGCGCUUGACUCGCUGCGCGGCUUGCGACGACUCAGCCUGUGUCGCAACCCACUGGGAGACCAGGGCAUCUGUGCCUUGGCGGAAGCUCUCACAGAUAACCUCUGCCUCAAGGCACUUGACCUUCAGAGCUGCAAUGUUGGCAAUGCUGGUGCCUCUGCCUUACACGAUCUGCUCGUCAAGAACAUUGUCCUGGAGGUAGUUGACAUACGGCAAAAUCCAAACAUAGAUGCUGCCUUAGCCAAGGACAUAGCAAAGAAGGUGUCCUCAAAUCGACAUGGAAGACAGUGUCAAUAUGAUCUCCUCCCACUGGGCAAAAGCCAGCCAGUGCAGCCAGUUUCCUGUCACCAGAGGAGCCGGUCAGCAGGGAGACUGCAGGAGACAAAGAGCGCACAAACCAGAUGGAAGCCGCGCUCAUCAUCUUUGGGGAGGGCCGCAAGCACGCAGCGAGCACUCAAGGAAAGGUCUCCAUCUCCGGAUGUGCCUCGCACUAACCGUCAUCAACCAUGUGGACUGUUGGCUUCCAAACAUAUUGAGGAGGACCUGCGUCGAUGCCAAGAAACCCUGAGAAAAGAGCAAGAAGCCAGGCAAAUAGUGGAAAGAAAACUACUUGAGCUCUUUGAGGAAAAUCGACAACUACGUUCUCAGCAGUGCAAGGGUUGCCAGCAGGUUGGAUAUACACUGGUUUCAGAUGCACUGCUGAAGGACAUCGAAAGGGCUUUCAUCAAGUUCCAAGUCUUCUUGGCUGCCAGUGCCAACACAAACAGGGAGAAAGUGCCACAGGCUACCAGGCAAUCUGACGAUGCUGUUGUACGUAGUGCGACGUGUCCCAUGGUCACGCCAGGAUAUAUCAGAAGUGUUCGCCCUGGUUCAGGUGAUGACCUGCAUUCCACAAGAGAUCACACUGGUGACCCAAGCACACAGAGCCGCCCAUUCUCGACUCAAGGCCCUGCACCCAUGAAGAAUAUUGUGGCAUCAAAGCCACCUGUGCCCCCGGAGGCAAAGCCUUUUCAAGAGUUUGUCCAAAGCAAAGCCAAACAGAUCAUCUCGGAGAGGAAAAAUCAAAGUAGCAGCAGCACAGCUGACCCAACUUCUUCAGUCAGUCGAAACAAGGAAGGCCACAAAAAGCACAUCACUUCAUUCAAGGCAGCUGCAGAGGAGUCUUUGCAGGGCGAUCGGCCUAGAGGAAUGCUCAGCGGCACUUUAGCUACUCCACUAGAGUCAUCAAAGCGGCUCUCGGAGCUGCUUGGCAUUGAUCAAGUUCCUUCCAAGCUCAUGCCUAGUACACUGGGAUCACCCGAGUUCUUUCCACUAGAAACAUUAGACAGUGAGGCUGGCUCAUUGGGAUACAAGUAUGAGUUCAAUAGUAGCACUUCAGUAGCUUCAGCUCUGUCAGAAGCUGAAGAAAAGAAUUCUUCAGCAAAGCACCGUGUAACCUCUAGCUUCGCUUCAAAGCCCAGAACAUCACAGAAGCCGCACAACAAAAAUUCAGCUUCCAAGAGCUCACAGUCUUCACAUGACAGCACUUUGGUCUCCUCAAUUCAGGAGGAGAUGGCAUCUACCGGUUCCGCAUCGUCCAGCUAUAGACGUCCACCUGAAGCACCAGCUACUGUUGGAUAUGCGAGCAACAACGCAGCAAAACAGUUCACCUCAGAGCAGCAGAGUCAUCAGAGCCAGGGGUCUCUGUCUGAUGCAAUAUCACUGUCACUUUCACAAAUGCCAAGCAAGUCUUUUGACAUGGAUACAGCUGACAUUACUGUGAGCAGCAUCCAUAGCAUCACGAAGCACAAGAAAGUGGCAAAGAGCUCACUGCGAGACUCGCACCGCCACAGCACCCCAACACUUAGCAAUAGUGCUUCCCAAGGCAUCUUUGAAGUGAUCUCAACGCCGUCCAAUGUUACUUUGUCUCGGAACCAAUCGGAGAUGUCAACACCUUCCACUCCGGACACUACAACACCACCACAGUUGGCAGGAAGUGAUUUUGAUGGGUUCUAGCAUUCUUUUGGCAGACUGACACCAGAGCGUUGAGUUCGACAAUAAUGCACCCUAGGCAAAUUAAAUGCAGUCUGGUUGUUUUCAUAGAGCACCAUGAAAACAUGUGGCCAAGAAGAAGGAUUCAGAGAUAUUACUUCACUCUGAAUCUUCCUUGUCUACAUAGUUUCAUGCUUAUAUUUGAAACAGUAUGUCCUAUCGAAUUGUGUUGUUCUACGGACUGAAAGAAAGGUCCAUUGGAAAUGCAACAGUUGCUCAGUAAUCAUGAAAUGCCAAAAAUGUUCUCUAACAUGUCUGCUAGAUCCACUGCUGUUUUCACUGUGAUCACACCUAUAGACCUCUCCCCGUUUGCAAACAGUGACGUCACUGCAUUUGCUGCACCUCCAAAAUGGCCGCUGGUUGGAAAAAGUGUUCAGCUGACCGGUUCUCUGCAUAGGAGCACUGCUUCUGUCUAAGCUGCUGCAAUCGCAAUUUUCGCAUAUUGCUUUUUUCUGAAGUGACAGCAUCUAUGAACUGUUCUUAGAAAGUAGCUGUCCGCGUUUUACUGGCACAUUAAUGUAGCGUUGUUGUUGCCAAGUGCAUGGUGUGUUUAAGUCAGCAUAUUGUGAUUUUGGAAGAAUGCCUCUUCCAUAAAUCAGACAACCACAAAAAUUAUAUUAUUCUUCGAAAGCGAAUAUGUUCCUACAGAAUAUGAAUAUUUUCCCGGUGCCAAAACGGCACUUCACCUAAAUGACUGAUUUUCGGGAAAAUAUUUGCAUUGCAUUGACGUGAAUGUACUUAAUUUGUGUCCAUUUACACUGUAAGCUUAAGCGAUAUACAAGAUUAACUUGGUCUACAACUAUGAGCCAUACCCUGUGGUGGUGCUUAAAUUCCAAUGGGGGCAGAAUUAAAAAAACAGCUGUUAUCGUGCGUUAGGUGCAUGGUGGGAAACCCCAGGUGGUCAAAAUAAAUCCGAAGCUCUCCCUUGCAGUGUUCUUCAUACGCCACUCUGCUGAUUUAGGAUGUUAAACACCAAAGUCUAAUUAAUUUACUCUUCAGCCAUCACAAUGCAAGUGCACGAAGCGUAUAUAAGUAACACAAUUCAUUGUGCGUUAACUUCAUUGUGCGUGCGGCCUCCCGUUGCUACUUUUGACUUUGGAAGACCCAGUUUUGGAGUGCUUAUGUGCGUUAUCACAGCGUAAAUGUUUUAUUGUGAAGGUAAAUAUAAUAACAAGAAAGAAAACAAAAAAGUUCACUGUUUUAGUUAGGACCUAUGAGAUCUGCUAUGAAGCACAAUAAUUUUAGUGGGUCGCCUUUUGGCCAAGAAUCCCCAUGGCCAAGCAUACAAACACCGCUUCGGCAAUGGUAAAAACAUGCUAGCAGCGCGUGCACGUUCCUUGUGGCAAGGCGUACGCUGUUCCGGGAAUGGUAAAAAUACAUGCUAGGAGCUCAUUUACAGUCAUACCUUUAAGCCGAUAGAUUAUGCUCUAGCAAUAUUUUUUUUCUCCACACAUCAGAGAUGGCACCAAGUUAUGCGCACUCACUGAUCAUCGCAUCUCAUUCAUUUCCACCUGUACAAAAAUGAUGGGCCCUGAAAUUCUGUCGACGCCUGGUCACUUUGAUGAGAUGCAUUGCUAAUAGCGCAUUACACCAUACACGUCCACACAUCCACACAACAAUGCAGUCCGUUUCUCUACAGAAAGAUGAGGCCAUUCCAUCACUAUUUCUCACCACGCACUCUAUCAUGCCACCUCUAACAUGGUGCAUUUCCGAAGAACAGACAAUGUCGUCCAUCGCCCAGGCCACCAAAAACCACCACGUUGUUUGUUCUCGCUAGUCAAAAAACAGCGUCGCCAGUUUUUCAUCAUGCAGUUUACCAUACACACCAGUGCUCUCUGGCACGCAAUACUGUGAAUCUGACAGACAAGAUUAUGAUUAUUGUGGAUAUGGCAAAUCAGUUCUGCGGAAUUCUGCAACGUGGAGGAAGGUUCAUGAAAGUAAAAAUUGCCAUCCACCCGCAUGCAGCAAUAAGCUGCAAAGGAAGCCCGCACGGGUUUCUCAGAAACAAAGUUUCGUAGUUGAAGAAAAAUCCCGAACCAGGUCGAAUUUUUCUUCAACUACAAAGCUUUGUUUUGAGAAACCCGUGUGGGUUUCCUAUGCUGCUUUGGGCUACAUGCGGGUGGAUGGCAAUUUUUUAUUUCACUAUAGUGGAUGUUCACAAAAAAAAAGUGUGUCCACAUGGCGCACACCCGCAUCAAGCACUUUGGUGCGGCAGACUGCAGCCUGCCGAACGGAGGCAACAGUUUGCCAACCAGAGCCACUGCACGGGUGCCUGUAACGUCGCAUGCGCUGUGGGACAUACCCUGGGAGAGGUCUAUUAGAGACUGCUCAGUCUCUAAUUUAAGUUUGUACACAUGCCUCCCUUACUGAUGUUUACUAACUAUAUGUGCAUUUGCACAUUUAAUAUGUCUGUAAUAUUGAGCUUUGAAUUUUUUGUCAACAUUGAACAAAUGGCGUUAAAAAAUAGCUCAUAUGCCACAUGAGUAUGCGUGCGAACUAUGUACAAUAACUUCUUUCCACCCUUCUGCACUUACUUUGCAAGUAUUUAUUUUUAUGCAUAUGUUUGCUUAAGUUCUAUUUAUUUUUUUAGUAUUGCCUCCAAAGGUUUUGUUCUCACCAAUAGUAUGUUUAUUCUAUUGUGCCUCAACCGCAUUCUUCUUCUUAGACACUGGGAUUUUGGUAUUUGGACACUCAUGAAAUGAGCAAGUUGUCUUGAAAGCCUGCCUGAAUAAAUGCGAGUGCAUAGUAA